AGACGGAGAGGAACAGAAAAUGGGGAUAAGACUCACGAAACUGGCGAGCUGGGUUCAGGGGAUAGAGAGCAGUUUGGAAGCACUUACACGGAGAUGGAGCAGUUGGGCCACCUGGAAGGAAGGGAUACCCUUGUCAGUGGAUGCAGCAUCAGAGAAAGACCUGCCCCUGGAUGCAAGAUUCCAUGAGAGGAAGAAGAUUGCCUUUGAGGGGACACAGGUUGCAGGAGCGAUGGAGAUUGCUCUAAAACGCCUGUACACCCUCCUGAGCUCCUGGGAUAGCUUGGAAGACUUUGACCAAAUUUUCUGGGGCAACAAGAGUGCCCUGUCUGAGAGGGUGCGCCAGUCCUGGAAGGAUGAUGACUUUUUUGGCUACCAGUUCCUCAAUGGUAUCAAUCCCACACUGCUGAGAAGGUCCACCUCACUCCCCACUAGACUCGUGAUCCCCCCAGGGACAGAGGGUCUUCAGGCCCAGCUGGAAAGAAAGCUCCAGGAGGGUCGCCUGUUUGAAGCUGACUAUUCCCUGCUGGCUGGAAUCCAGGCCAAUGAGAUCCAGGGAGAGAGGCAGCACCUGGCUGCCCCCCUAGUUAUGUUCAAGAUGGAGCCUGAUGGGAAGCUGCUACCCAUGGCCAUCCAGCUCCAGCCUCCCUGCUCUGACUCUCCAGUCCCACCACUCUUCCUGCCCUCAGAUCCCUCCCUCACUUGGCUCCUGGCCAAGGCCUGGGUCAAAAAUUCUGAUUUUCAGCUGCAUGAGCUGCAAGCACAUCUGCUGAAAACCCAUUUGAUGGCUGAGGUGUUUGCUGUAGCCACCAUGAGGUGCCUCCCAGGGAUGCACCCCAUCUUCAAGCUGCUGGUCCCUCACCUCCGUUAUACCAUGGAGAUCAACACUCGUGCUCGGAGCACACUCAUUUCUGUCGGGGGAUUUUUUGACCAGAUGCUGAACACCGGUGGGGGAGGUCACCUGGAUGUCCUCCGUAGGGCAACAGCCUGUCUGACCUAUCGAUCCCUCUGCCCUCCUGAUGACCUGGCUGACCGAGGGCUCCUGGGGCUUCCAUCAGCUCUCUAUGCUCAUGAUGCCCUUCGGCUCUGGGACAUCAUCUCCCGGUAUGUGCAAGGAAUAGUCCAACUCCAUUAUUCAGGAGACAAGGUUGUGCAGAGUGACCCUGAGCUACAGGCUUGGUGCCGAGAGAUCACUGAGAUUGGGCUGUGUGGGGCCCAGGACCAAGGGUUUCCUGUCUCUUUCCAGUCCCGUGCUGAUCUCUGCCACUUUGUCACCAUGUGCAUCUUCACAUGCUCAGCCCAACACUCGGCCGUUAAUCUGGGACAGCUAGACUGGUAUGGCUGGGUCCCUAAUGCUCCAUGCACUAUGAGGCAGCCACCACCAACCACAAAGGAUGCAACAUUAGAGAUGGUGAUGGCCACACUGCCCAAUGUCCCUCAGUCUUGUCACCAGAUGGUUGUUGCAUGGCUGCUGAGCCGGACCCAGCCAGACAUGGUACCCCUGGGUCAUCACAAGGAGGAAUACUUCUCAGGACCAGGGCCCAAGGCUGUACUGAGAUGUUUUCAGGAAGAUCUAGACACUCUGGAAAGGGAGAUUGUGGCCCGCAAUGAAGGCCUGGACCCCCCCUAUUACUACCUUCAGCCAAGCCUUAUAGAGAAUAGUGUUACCAUCUAAGCCCAAAACCUGGCUGACCACUACUCUGAUGGGGUUGGAAAAGCCCUGUGUCCUUUCUUAACCGUAUUCCUUUUACUUUCAUACCUACAGGUACAAAAAUCACAAACUUGAGGCUCUGUCC